AUGGACAGCCUCCCAGGUCCAGUCAGAGGCAAUCCUAUCAGAUCCUCGAAUAAGGAUUAUAAGCUCUACAACGAAUGGGUCCGCGAACCCUUCAAGCGCGAACAUGACCGUCCCGAGAAGCCAUUUAAGGUGAUCCCUCCAACGGCCAUUCCGACAGUCCCAAGCCACGUCGACGAGCUUGCGUGCUUCGAAAUCCCUAUGUCCGACCGCCACCCCAUGGGCAACAGAAGCUUCUACGUCCGCAUGCGCCUCAGGGGUAUCAUGGACAUCGAAGAGGAGCUUCUGGACAAUUAUAGAGAACAUUGCAGGAGGCUCCACGAGCUCAAGCGCAACAAACUGGACAGCCGCUUCCGCAUUGCGAUGAUGGAGGGUGAAAUGCUUAGACAGGGGCAAGAGAUCAGGAAGGUAAAGUGGGUUAAGCUGAAGGUUCUUUGCGAGGUGGUCAUGAUCCAGGAGGAGAUUGACGCCUGGAACGCUGAGCAACCUGAUUCUUGA